ACACCAAUUCAGUAGUCAGUCACUGGGUGACGCCGGUGCAGCGCGACGAUGCUGCGCUAUCUCGUGAUUUUCGGUGCUUUGAACGCGUUUAUCGUGACCAGCUUAACCAACGUUGGGCCGAAAUUCCCCCCGACUCAUGGCGAAGUAUGGCCCCAACCGCAAAUGCAGAUGAAACACGAUCAAUUUCUGGUUUACGACCCAGCGAAAUUAGUUAUUAAGACAGUGCGAGAAACAUGCCCAACGUUAACUCGAGCCAUAAACCACUAUGUUUACGUGCUGAAAAAACUUCACGACAUAGCCAGCAAGAAUAGAAUAAACCAUAAAGAAGAUAAAACACACAUCCCUUCCAAUGAGCAUGACAAAAAAAAAUUGUUAGGGAAUAUAAUGGAACUGAAUGUAGAAUUAAGUGCUCCAUGUGAAGAUUAUCCUCAUUUUGACAUGGAUGAAAUCUAUUAUCUCAACGUUUCAUCAACGUCCAAUUUAAGAAGCUCUUCGAUUUGGGGUAUUCUGAGAGGCUUGGAGACAUUUUCUCAAUUGUUUUUCAUUACUGAUGACUUCAAGGUAAAUCUUUCACUUUUCUAA